AUGGGAAAAGGAGAGGGAAGGUGUAGCUGCUUCGGAGAAGGUGUGGAAACCAUCGAACAUUUACUCUUUUUUUGCAUGAAUGCAGUAGAAGUACGGAAGAUAGCUCCAAUAAGGUGGGAUGGUUUAAAGGACAAACAACAUAAUUUAUGGCUUUGGUGGGAGAAAGCUACUCAGUCUAUCUCAAAGGAUCAUGUACCAGAUAGAGUUAACCUCACCAUCAAUAUUUUUUGGCAAAUUUGGAAAACACGAAACAAAAAAGUCUUUGAAAAUGAAUGCCAGAAUCCAUACAGAAUUGUCACAAAAGCACAGGAGGACUGGAUGGAGUAUGAGCAGGCAAGGGAAGAAGAACAAGACAACAAUGUACCCCCCAUACACAGUGAGCACCAGAAAAAAAGAGAAACAGCAAAGGAAGACGAGAUAUGUCUGUUCACAGAUGCAGCGAUAUCAGCAAAAAUGAAAAGGAUGGGCCAAAGAAUUGUGGCAAGGAACUGGAAAGGAAAGAAUGGGAUAGUCAAUCAAUACAAGGGAGUACCAAGUAAGGAAGAAGCUCUGGCAAUCAGUAAUGCAAUGCUGAUGGCUAAACAUGUAGGAUGGACUAAAAUAAUAGUCUAUUCUGAUAGCAAAUCAGUAAUAGACCAGAUAAAUGGAAGCAAUGACUAUGAAUACAACAUUGCAACUAUAUUGGAAGAUGUGCAAGAACUUAGAACACAUUUUGAAAGCUGUAGGCUUGUCUUUAUACCUAGAUCAGAAAAUGAAAUCAGUCAUACUCUAGCUGAAUUUGCUGUCAAGCUAGUGUAUGAUAUCGAAUGGGAACAAGACUUACCAAGUUGGCUGACGGUCUUAGUGAGAAAGGAAAUGAGGGUAGUAGCCCUUUUUUGUAAUUAA